AUGCUUCGUCACGUGUUGACGCUGUCGUCCGCUCCGCUGAACUUGGCACGGGGAGCGCAUAACUCGCGCAGCUUCUCUUCUGCCGUCAACUUCGGCGCCUUCCACGCGAAAUGGUGGGACAUUGACGGUCCCAUGGCCGUGUUGCACGACUACAACUACGUGAGGGUGCCAUUCAUCGCGAAAUCGUACUCGUUGCUCGAAAACAGCAACGCCGCCGGGCCCACUCCGGAGCCCAAACUGCCAUCGGGAUUCCUCAGCGAACGUCUGUUCAAGCACGCUGAGGAGCGCUCUAAAAUACACCUGGAAACAGUGCUCGGAGGGUUGCGAGUACUCGACGUCGGCUGCGGCGGGGGGAUCCUGAGCGAGUCGUUGGCGAAAUCCGGGGCUCACGUGGUUGGCCUGGACCCCUCUAGGGAGCUGAUUCAGGUGGCCGAGCACCACCGAGAGCAGGACUUUGCGACAUUCAGCAAGCGAUUCGGGCUCCGUGACGACAGGUCUAAAAACGUGCAGUACCUUGCGUGGACUCUGGACGACUUCGCCAGCAGCGCCGAAGCUCGGAACUUCGACAUCGUCGUGGCGUCAGAGGUGCUGGAGCACGUGCCCAAUUCGUCGAAACCCUCAUUCGUCGAACAACUGAGUCGAGUGGCGCGACCAGGGGGGCUGGUAGUCAUCACCACGCCGGGACGCACAUUGAAGUCGUGCCUGGUCAACAUCGUGCUUGCAGAAAGGGUGUUCCAACGCGUGGCUCCGGGCACGCAUCAAUACGACCUCUUCAUAGCCCCCGAUAAGCUGCGCGAAAUCGCACGAGACCACGAUCUAACUGAGAUACACAGACAGGGUCUGUUCUACCUGCCAUUCAGCCGGCGCUUCAUCCACCUCUGCACGUGUGACUUCCUCUACAUGAUCGCAUUCCGGAAGCGGCCUGGUGAGCCCUUUGACCCGUGCCAUGACUCGAGGAUCGCCACCAACCCGGUAUGCCCAACUCCCAUCUCAGUGAUGCUAGCUCAGGAAUACUCCGAUUCUACGACUCCGCCAGAGCCACCGCGGUGCGCUGUGUGCUCGUCGCAGCUGACCUUCCUGAUCCAGCUGGGGACACCGUACAGGGACACCCACGUGCGUACUCUAUACGUGUACUUCUGCCCUGCGCAUUCGGAGCAGAGUGAGGGGUGGCGCGUAUUCAGGUACACCGUGGCCAAGCAAGUUGUGCAGGUGCAGAAACAGUCCGCCUUUGACGAGAUGAACUCGCUGUCGAGCUGGGUUGAUGACCUGCAGCUGUUUCCCACAGGUCCCGUGGGCGGCAAGCAGAAGAGCGCAUCGAGGGCGGCGCGAUCAGCUGACGACGAUAACGAAGCGUAUCGCGUAUUAGUGGAGGAGGAUUUUCUCACUCCCCUAAGUUUCCCGGUGGGCGGACCGGAGGCCUCGCGGCUGUUCGAGGCCUACAAGCAGCGCGACCCUGCCGACGUCGACGAGGAGGACCACAUGGACCUGGAUGCCAUCAGGCAGACUACCAGCGCAGUCGAUUCACAGGACCCCGACAGCGAAGCUUCGUCUGACGAAUCUGACGAGGUGCAAGCGGACCCGAUGCUGCUGGAAUUCCAGUAUUACGUCACCAUGCGCCCGCACGCGGUAGGUGGCCGCCGCGGCCAACGCGCUCACGAUUUCCCCAGGUGCUGCGCUACCAGUGGAACGGUAAACCGCUGCUGCUGCACGCGAGCUUCACGUUCAACCGGCGCUGCAACCGCUGCGGGGCGGAGUGCGCCUUCGAGUUCCAGCUGCUGCCCGCGCUAG